AUACUCUUAGUUCUUAUGUCAGCAGGUCAAACCUUUGUACUGGUUGGUAACUCAACAUCCAGUAACAAGGCUUAUGGUUCCAUUCCUAGUCGAAAGAUAGUUCCUGUGAUUUCUUCCAUUCCAAUAGGAAUAGAAAACUUUGGAAACUCUUGUCACCUCUCGGCCGUUUUGGUAGCAAUGUCGUCAUCGAAUGUUCUCAAGAAGUAUUUAUUGCGUCAUCGUUUUCAAAGUUUGGAUAGUCGUCUUGAAGAUUUGAUCAACACUUUGCGACUUGUGAGUGGGCAACGUUGGAUGGACGGACAUAUGGUUAAGUUUAAAGUAUUUCGUCCAACCAGUGUAGCCAAUGUGUUGUUACAACAAGGAUAUAAUGUGUUGCUUCCUCAAGAUGCAGAAGAAACUUGGAGUAAGCUAUGUCAGUUUAUUGAAAACUGCUUACGUCCUUCCAAGUUGUAUGGUUGGUUAUCCAACGAGAAUGUUAUAAAAGGUAGCCUUUUCGAUACUUGUUGGGACUCUCCAUUGUUUGGUCUGGAACAACAGAAAACAACCUGUCUUCAUUGUGGAUAUUACCAGUCCAUAAGACUUGAACCUAUUCGUACCAUUCGGGUGUCCUUGACAGAGUUGAAUAUGAAUCAAAAAGAAAACAGCUUUGCAACGUUGUUCGAAUGUCUCGAAUCGUCUUUGAAGCAACCUGAAAAACUGGAAAUGCCUUGUCAUCGAUGCAAGUGUCCGUUCCUAUAUCGAUAUCAUCAAGUUGUAAGGUUACCCAAUGUAUUAUGUAUUCAUGUGGAAAGAAAUUAUUGGAGCCAAAAACGAAAAAGAGUGAUGAAAACAGAUCAACCUUUGCUACUUCCAAAGGAGUUUUAUGAGGAUAUCUUUUAUAACAAUCAUUGGAAUCCUCUUUCGUUGUUGAAUAGACAAACUCAAUACGAAAAGAACAAAUCGAGUAUUUAUGAGCUAAAGGCGGUUGUGAGACAUCAUGGAACGAGCAUUUAUGGUCAUUACACUUCAGCUGUGUGUGUUUCCGAUUGGAAACUUGAUGGUUUGUAUAGUAUUGUCGACAAAUAUCCUCUUUCUUCGAAACAUUGGUACCUUGUAAAUGAUACCCGAGUGGAGUGGAUAGAUGAACUGCAGAUUUUAUUGAGUGGAAAUAUUUAUAUGUGUAUAUAUGAAAAGGAAACUUUGUAAAACUGUUGGAUCUUAACUCUACAUUAUUGAUGAAUGCAAAUGACAUAAACCGAAUUUAAAUAUU